CAAUAUAAAAAAUAAAGAAAACCUAAAAAUAUAAUAUGAAAAUAGAAAUAAAAAUUAUCAUCGGUUUCUGUAUGUGUAACAUACUUGUAAUCUUGCAUACUUGGAAUUGUCAUUUUCAUUUUGUCGAAUGUGCGAAAGAGAAACAAAUGUUAUGAAACAUGUCAUCAUUCAACGAUACAGACAAGCAAGAUAAUUGAGCCAACGCAUGUGUUUAUUCUGUCUAUUUUCGGAAAUUGUAGUGCAGGAUGAAACUCCAAAAUGAAUAUUUAUCUUAAUGCCGACAAGUAUUUGUUGAUGUAGAUGAGAAUUUGCAGGUAGAAAGUGGAACGUCCUCUUUAGUUUCGGUUCGCCACCAGUCGCUGUUGAUACAACUGAAGCCAUGGGCGGUCAUUCUUCGCAAUCCAUAGAACAUGGCAUUACUCCCAUCCAACAGAUGGCGGCGUCGUGCUCCGGAGCCUUGCUUACUUCUCUAUUGGUCACACCUUUGGAUGUUGUAAAAAUCAGACUUCAAGCACAGAAAACUCCCUUCCCCAAAGGCAAAUGCUUUGUCUACUGCAAUGGACUUAUGGACCACUUAUGUGUGUGUGAGAAUGGAAACAAUAAGGCCUGGUACAAAACGUCAGGCCACUUUAAUGGCACAGCGGACGCCUUUGUCAGAAUAGUACGCAAUGAAGGAAUCAGGUCAUUGUGGAGUGGUCUACCUCCAACGCUUGUGAUGGCAGUGCCAGCGACUGUCAUCUACUUCACCAGCUAUGACCAGCUGUGUAUGAAGCUCAAGGUCAAGAUGGGUGACCACGCACAGUUCGCCCCUAUGGUCUCUGGAGCUGUUGCGAGAGUGGGUGCGGUCUCGGUGAUCAGCCCCCUCGAGCUGAUGCGCACCAAGCUCCAGUCCCAGAAACAGUCGUACCGUCAGCUGGCCACCUGCGUUCGCACAGCGGUGGAGGCGGACGGUUGGCUGUCACUGUGGCGAGGUCUAGGGCCCACGCUGCUCAGAGACGUGCCCUUCUCCGCCAUGUACUGGUACAACUACGAGAGGAGCAAGAAGUGGCUGUGUGAGCGCUAUGACGCCGUAGAGCCAACGUUCACCAUGACCUUCGUAUCGGGCGCUGUGUCCGGCUUAUUUUCUUCAGUAGUGACGUUACCGUUUGACGUGGUCAAAACACGACGGCAGGUGGAACUCGGGGAGCUGCAGGCGAUGAAUUUGUCACACAAGGCCUCCUCCACUUUGAGCGUGAUGAAGAGGAUUGUGGCACAGCACGGCGUCCUGGGGUUGUUUGCGGGUUUCCUCCCCCGCAUCAUCAAAGUGGUGCCAGCCUGCGCCAUCAUGAUCAGCAGCUACGAGUUUGGGAAGGCUUUGUUCCGCAAACACAACCAGGAACAGACACUAAAACCUCCGCAAACCAGCAAGACCUGAGAGAUGAGUUGAAAGGUUCCAAGUCCAACACUUUACUUUUAAAAAUGACGCUGUGAGGCUUUGCAAUAAGCAGAAGUGAGAUUACAAGAAUUAUAUUAAACGCUUUAAUGAUGGUAUUUAUAAUUUCAUGUUCCACUCAAUGUUCCCUCUAAUUUUUCAUGUGUGUGAGCAAACGCACAAACUCCCUGAGCAUUCAGUGGAGCACAUGUGAGCAACAUCAGACGUGCACACUGUGGCCACACCAGCGUCACACCUGUCCCAAACCUGACAUAACAAUUUAAAUGUUUUAUUAAAAUUAUUUUCUGAUAUAAGUGAUUUUGCCCUCUUACAAUGACAAUAACAAAAAAAAACAUGUUUUUCAUGACCUAUGUGCUAGUAUUGUAUGUCUGGCUGCGGGUCCUGCCUUUAAAAGAAAUGUUACCCCUUUCAGAGAUUACAUUUAGUUCCUGUAACUUACUGUCUGUAAAAUACAUCUUUUUAUUAGCAUUUAUGAAAUCUAGUGACAACAUUUCAUGAAUAAUAUCCUUAGAUUAACAUCCUUAAUAAAUGGCAGUAAAAUAAGCACACAUCUGAUUGAGGAGUCAGAGUGUUACAACCUGGCAUUUACACAAUGUGUGGCGUUGGGGUGGUCCGACUUUUUGUGUGGCCAUAAACGCAGCACUGGCUAAGUGCCAUGAGUGCGUGUGUUGGUGCAGGUGAGACAGAGCGAGCUGCUUCUGUUGAUAUGACGGAUGACAAAGUUGGUUUAAGCCUGGUUUGUAUGGCAGAAAAUUACCAGUUUUUAUAGAUAAAAGUUUUUUUACUCA